AUGAGUGAAAAAACUCAGCAAAUUUUCGCAGAAAAGGGCCCCUAUAGGAAUUAUUUACCUUCAAAUAUAUAUGCUAAGUCUAAUGUUGGGAGAUUAAAUCUCCUAGACCCUUUAAUUGGAGUUACAAUUUCUAUUGGCUACUUCAUUUACAUGGUUGGGCAAAUUGAUUACAUAUUUAACAAUGAAGAAGUAGAAAUUUUAGAUUUAGUUCUGUUAAAUAAGCAAAAAAAAUUUUAUCUAGGAACUAAUCCCCCAUUUGUUGUGGAGCUAUUUAGUUUUCUUUUGAAUUAUUUCAAAAUGGUUCAAUUAAAACAUUGUAUGCUAAUAACAGCAUGUUUAUCAUUGUUAGUAAUAUACAUGAUUCUAAGAAGAAAUAAUGUCUCAGUGAUACUUUCAAUAAUCAGUGUAUGUACCAUUUGCUAUCUACCUCAUUUUAGAUCACAGUCCAUAAUUUUAUCCGUUAAUGUUGUGUAUUGGUUGUCCUUUCUUGGUACAAUCUACUUCUGGAGACUCUAUAGAAUUCAACGUGGCUCAACACUAAUGAAUUUAGCUCAUAUUGGCAUGUUCUUAGGAGUAGCCAUAUCCACAAAAGUAUUAGGUUUUGUCACAUGGCUUUGGAUUAUUUGCUGUUCCCUAUAUGACACUUGGAAUACUCUUAAUGACAUCAGCAUUAGUUUGUUUUCAAUUUUAAAGAAAAUUACUUUGAAAUUUGUAUUCAUUAUUCUAAUUCCUUUACAAAUAUUUUUAUUAAUAAAUUAUCACCAGAUUACUGACUUCAAAAUAGAUUCACCAGAAUAUUCCAGAUAUGUAUCUCCAUAUUUCCAAUCGUAUCUUCGUAACGGUACAUUGCAUACCAGUAAAGAUCACUAUCUUUAUUUUGGUGAUACUAUAACCUUAAGGCAUACAGCUUCCUUGGGAGGUUACUUGACUUCCUAUAAUAUUUCAUCAGAUGGGAGCGCUGAAAACGAUGAUAAUCAAAAUCUUGUCACAUUAUCACCUCAUGAAGAAAGUGAAUGGACUCAUUGGAUUGUCGAAAAUACAUCAACUGACUCUCCUUUUAAAAGAGUGCGUAAAUUUGAUAAUGUUAAGUUAAGACAUAAGAUUACUGGCAAAUUAUUAAGGGCAUCUGAUUCCUCUCCACCUGUCAGUGAACAAGAAUAUGACAAAUUAGUUUGUACUACUGGAGAUAUUGAUUACGAGGGUAAGGCUGAUGAGAAAUGGAUUCUUGAAACAGUGGAAUAUUCCAUCUCAAAAUAUGCUAAUGAAGAGAUAUUUAAUGUUACUAGUGAUAAAGUACAAUUAUCUAAUCAAGGCAGACAUUGCACUCUACUAGGACAUGAUAUCAGGUUACCAGAAUGGGGAUUUCAUGAUCAAGAAGUGUUAUGCUUAGAUCCUGCAAUGGACAAUUUGGCUGAAUUUCAAAUAAAAGUUAUUAAAUCCGAAUCCAAUUCUAUGGUAGACUACCAUAUUAAUUCAUUCAACAAAUUUAAGUUAAUUUUUGAGUGGCUAGUUAGACAAUACAGAUAUUCCUAUUCCAUCAAGAAUGCUGAUCCAAGGAAAAUUGUCAAUUCAAAUAUAAAGCCCUCAAUUGAAACGUGGCCAUUCGAUCCACAACAAAAUGAAAUUGUAGUUAAGAAUAUUUGGAUUCUUUCCUUUAUUGGUAUUAUGCUAUUUGGUUUAUUCACAACAUUCCGUAUUUUAACAUGGAAUCCAUGGAACCAACAACCUACAGAAAGAAAAAUUAUUUUGGUAGAUAACUUAUUAUUCCAAGAUAUUGGAUUUGAAUGUUGCUUGGGCUGGUUUUUACAUUUCUAUGUGUACACUAAAAGUCCAUCUCGUAAUACAUCAGCAAUUAUUAACUAUUUCCCAAGUUAUAUUUUAGGAUUUAUUGUCUUUAUUCAGACACUUAACACUAUUAAUAAGAGAUUUCCUUGGACUAAAAUGUUAAUUCCAUUAUAUGUUGCUGUGUUAUACAAAUUGGUCAACUAA